AUGGGGUCUGUGCCGGACGUCCACCUUCUCUCGGGGAUCCCCCAACUUACGCCCUUGGAGCAGAUCAGUCCCAGGGGGUGGGUCCGUUAUCUGUUUCCAUUCCAACUCCCACAGGACUAUGAUCCUGAAGCCAUCACGGACAUCUUUCGCAGAAGCCUGCAAGCCACCAAGGAUCGCUUCCCGACGUUGGCGUGCGAGGCUGUUCCUGAUCCUGACGCAAAACAAGCCAACGCACUCAAACUUCAAAAGAUCACCGACCACGAGAUAGAGCCCGUCAUCAUCAAUGAUUUGCGCCAUUCGGAAACAUUCACAGCCUCGUUUGAGGAGCUCAAGGCUAAGCAUUUCCCAGUCUCGAGCUUCUCAGCUGAAGUUUUCACCCGCUGCCCCAUUUGGCCCGCCCCUGGACAGCGGGUGCCCAUUACAAUUGUGCAAGCCAACUUUAUCCGAGGUGGCUUGAUACUCAACUGGAAUCUAUUUCACCUUGUUGGUGACGGCCAAGCAUUCUACAACUGGAUUCGCAUCUGGGCUGAGGAGACUCGCCGAGCUCAAAGACUUAAAAUCUUGGAUCCCGUUCGGUAUCCUGACCGCAUCUACACGGACCGCCAAAUUGCACACGACUCGCCACAGAUUCUUCCCAAAGGCAAGGCCGGCCGUCUCGAGGACCAUCCCGAGUACACCAUUGUCACGGAUCCUGCAACGCAGCUGGCUAAGAUCGCGACAACGGAUGGUCACGUUGGACAGAUUUUUUACCUAUCGAAGGAUUCGCUGGAACGACUGAAGCGGGACGCCCAACCCAAGACGAAUGACGGGUCUUUCGUGUCCACCAACGACGCGCUCUCAGCUUUAAUCUGGCGAAGCAUCAUGGCAGCUCAGUUUGACGUGGCCCAACUGGAUGGAAGCGAAAAUUCUGUUUACAACAUUGCCAUCGAUGGUCGAGGACGAAGCCAGCCGCCGAUUCACUCGGAAGCUAUGGGAAGCUUCCUCGGCUUCAUUCAAGUCGAGCUUCCCAUCAAGAAGAUUCUCGAGACCGACAACAUUGCAGCCCUGUCCCUCUUGAUUCGCAAAGCCAUCAUUGCAAUGGACAAGGAUUUCUCAGGCUCGUUCAUCAACGAUGUCGUCCAGCUGGUGAACAAUCAGAAAGACGUUGGCGCUCUAAUCCCAACGUCAUUUCUGGAUGUGCCUGGCCAAAACUGCGCGCAGACGUCGUGGGAAAAGUUCAAGAUGUACGAUCUUGAUUGGGGCCACGCUCUGGGUGGCAAGAUUGCGGCUAUCCGCUCACCUAGCUGUGGUAUCCUUAACGGCAUGCAGAUCAUGUAUCCUCAACACCCCGAUGGUGGCCGGGAGAUGCUAGUAGGUAUUUAUGAGGAUUGCUUGGAGAAGCUUUGCAACGAUCCGAUCUGGACUAGAUAUGCCGAGCGUCGAUAG